CCUUUAUGAUUUUCUAGAAAUAUGUUUGGCUCUUAACGAUUUUGGAGCUAGGAUAAUAUUAUUGAGUCCCAUGAAGUAUUUGAGUCGUCAAGAUGGCGGACUCGUCGACUUUUCGUGUUGUAGAGUUCUAUAGUGGUAUUGGAGGCAUGCAUUACGCUUUAAAAGGAUGCAAAAAGAAUGCAGAAGUUGUUGCAGCCCUUGAGAUCAGCACCACUGCAAAUACAGUAUACGGACACAACUUUCCUACCACAAAGAUAUGGAACUGUAACAUUGAGGGUUUGACAGCUGAGGCACUUGAUAAAUUGCAGCCAGAUGUCUUUCUCAUGUCACCGCCAUGCCAGCCAUAUACAAGGGUAGGGCUACAGGGUGCAUCAAAAGAUCCUAGAGCCCUGAGCUUUUUACAUAUUCUCAGUUUACUUAAGCGUUUGCAACAUCCUCCCAAGUAUUGGCUGAUCGAAAACGUUAAGGGAUUUGAGACUUCUGAUACAAGGGAGCAUCUUGUGCAGACACUGAAGGAAAAUCACUACUCUUUUCAGGAGUUCUUACUUACACCAGUGCAGUUUGGAAUCCCAAAUUCUCGGCUGAGGUAUUAUUUACUAGCAAAGCGACACCCCCUGACCUUUAGUACUGCCAUGGGAAACAAGAUUAUGGAGUCAAUUCCAAACAAGCAUAGAACUCCAGAUAAAAGAAAACGACCUGGUAGCCCAAUAGCGGAAACAAAAGAACAAUAUGAAGAUUCUGAUAAGUCUAGUACAGGGCAUGAAGGCCAAAUAUGUGUUGAAACUGAUCCUGAUAUCACUAUGGAAACCUCUGGUAUUUGUCAUGCCAUUUCUUCGAAAAGUAACUUAAAUAAUUGUUGCUGCCAUGUUGACAAGAACAGACUGGAUGCAUCAGGCGAGGAUCAGACAAAAGCUGGUUGUGUUUGUAGUUGUGAUACAGAUUCUGAGAGUCCUCAGUGUGGAUGCCGGUGUGCUUAUGCAACUUCGUGCAAGGAGGCUAAAUUGCUUCAAUAUUAUUUGGAGAAAGAAAAGAAGUUUAGUUAUUACGAACAAUUUCUCCUGCCAACUAAAGUACUGAGCCGCUUUUCCCUUGUACUAGAUAUCGUGACAGCAAAAUCCAGACGUUCCUGCUGUUUCACUAAGGCGUAUGGUCACUAUGCCGAGGGCACUGGUUCGGUCCUGAAGAUGUCUGACUGUGAGGAUACCACCAUAUUCUCCAAUUACUCCCAAAGUCCAGAAGCCACCGACGAGGAGAAAGCCAAGAUCCUCGCUCCGCUAGGUUUGCGAUACUUCACUCCAAGAGAAGUGGCCAAUCUGAUGUGCUUUCCUAAAUCCUUUGAAUUCCCAGCUUCGACAUCAAAUAAACAGAAAUAUCGUCUCCUAGGCAACAGUCUAAAUGUUGCUGUGGUAACAGAACUGCUCAAGUAUUUAUUAACAACGUAGUAACGUGAAUGAAAUAAACAUCUGUUGUUAUCAGA